CAUCCCCACCGGUCCUAUUAAAGGCCACGGCACGGAAGCAGAGGCGAAAUCCCUAGAAUCAGAGCGGAGGAGAGCGACGGUGGUGGUAGGAGCGGAGAGAAGGAAACGAGUGGAGAGAUGUCGGCGAUGCAGGCGAUCGAGAGGCAGAGAGAGGGGGCGGAGGUUUUCCAUGGGGCGGAGAUUUGCAAGAAGAGAUCGACGGAUCUUUUGGAGGAGCUGCACCUGCCCAGGGGUUUGCUGCCGCUGAGCGGGCUGGACGAGGUGGGGUUCAACCGGGAGACCGGGUUCGUCUGGAUGAAGCAGAAUAAGGGGAGCCAGCACGUCUUCAAGAAGAUCGGUAAGACGGUGUUCUACGGGACGGAGGUGACGGCCUUCGUGGAGGACCGCCGGAUGAAGCGGAUGACCGGGGUCAAGAGCAAGGAGUUCCUCCUCUGGGUCUCCCUCUCCGACAUGUAUAUCGACGAACGCGACCCCACCAAGAUCACCUUCAAGUCCGCCGCCGGGAUCGGCAGAUCAUUCCCCGUGUCCGCCUUCGAGGAGGAGGAGGAGGAGGAGGAGAAGAAAGGCGAGGAGGAGAAAAAGUGAGGGUUAUAAUUGUUAUUUUAGGGGUAAACUAUGGGCGUUGCACCAUGAACUUAUGCAUGCUUUCUUUGUGUCUCUGUUAUUUUUGUUAUAAAGUUUAAUAUGUUACUAGGGUUCUUGGUAUUCCUAUGUCUGGUAGUAUGGAUCCAUGGUAAGGGACGAACGCGAUGUCUACUAUCGUCUAAACUUUCUAUAAAUCAAUUCCUUUUUUUUAGUGGGAA